AUGAAGACCACCAUCCUUACUUCAGCACUUCUUCUUUCUUCUACGGCGCUUGGCACUGUCGUCCCCAGGGCAGGCAAGAAGGUCGAUUACAGUGGCUUCAAGGUCUUACGCGUGUCUAGCACUGAUGCUGUCAAGGGAGAAAUCGAGAACUUGGCUGCGCAUGUCCUUAACCCCGGCACGUCCGCCGAAUUAGACGUUGUCGUUUCGCCCGAGAAUGUCGACGCCCUGACUGCAUUGGUCGCUGAGAGCAAAGUGCUGAACGAGGACGUCGGCGCAGCUCUUGCAGAGGAAGGCGAGAUGAGCGUUUACGCUGUUCCCAGUGAGACUUGGUUCACAGCCUAUCACCCAUAUGCCGACCACCUUCAGUUCCUUCGGGAUCUGCAAGCCGGAUACACUGGACAGUCCGAGAUCUACACUGUUGGCACCUCUGUUCAAGGACGAGCCUUGACUGGUAUCCACAUCUGGGGUAGCGGUGGAAAGGGCUCAAAGCCUGCUGUCGUCAUUCACGGCAAUGUUCACGCAAGGGAGUGGAUCACCUCCAUGACUACCGAGUACUUUGCAUGGCAACUGCUUACCAAAUACGGCUCAGACGCGAGCAUCAAGUCGCUUGUCGAUAAGUUCGACUUCUACAUCACACCCAUUGUGAACCCGGACGGUUUUGUCUAUUCCCAGACGACCGAUCGUCUUUGGCGCAAGAACAGACAGACCGUCAGUGGUAACACAUGUGUUGGUCGCGAUAUCAACCGCAACUGGCCAUACAAGUGGGAAGUAGCAGGUGGAGCUUCCACAAACCCUUGCUCAGAGACAUACAAGGGUGUAGCGGCUGGCGACGCGCCCGAGAACCGUGGCCUCAAAGCGCAAAUUGAUUCGCUCAAGGCGUCGCGUGGUAUUCGCCUUUACCUCGAUGUGCACUCCUACGGUCAAUACAUCCUGUGGCCUUACGGCUACGACUGCAGCCUACGCGCCGAGAAUGACGCACAGCACCGUUCCAUUGCAACCCGUGCUCAGUCGGCUAUCCGCGCUGUCUCCGGCACUGCGUACACCAUUGGUCCCAGCUGCUCGACGUUGUAUGCUACCACUGGCUCUUCGACUGAUUAUACUGAUGUGCAGGGUAAUGCUACCUACUCGUACACCUAUGAGCUGAGGGAUAAGGGUACCUAUGGCUUCUCGCUGCCGGCAAACCAGAUCAGGCCGACUGUUCUGGAAACUUGGGCUGGUGUUGCUAGUAUGCUGAGGGACGCUUAG